ACCCGCCCGGCCUCGCGCAGAGCUUCUCCGGACCCCGCCGAGCCCCGAGCAAGAUGCAGCCGGCCGAGGAGACUCCGCGCCCAGCCCUGAUCCCCAUCCGGGGAGUCCCUAUGAUCAAAUACUUCGCUGAGAACUGGGGGGAGGUGGAGGGAUUCCAGGCACAGCCGGACGAUCUACUGAUCUCCACCUACCCCAAAUCCGGUACCACCUGGAUCAGUGAGAUCAUCGACAUGAUCUACAAUGAUGGAGACACAGAGAAAUGCAAGCGAGAUGCCAUCUACAUGCGAGUCCCCUUCCUGGAGUUUGCUGUUCCUGGGGUCCCCACCGGGGUGGAGCUACUCCAGAAGAGCCGCGCCCGGCGGCUGGUGAAGACCCAUCUCCCGGUGCAACUGCUGCCGGAGUCGUUCUGGGAGCGCGACUGUAAGAUGAUCUACGUGGCCAGGAACCCCAAGGACGUGGCCGUGUCCUACUAUUACUUCUACCAGAUGGCGAAGGUGCAUCCGGACCCCGGCUCCUGGGACAACUUCCUGGCUGACUUCAUGGCCGGCGAAGUGUCGUUCGGGUCGUGGUACCAGCACGUCCGGGGCUGGUGGGAGAAGAGACGGGAGCAGCGACUGCUCUACCUGUUCUACGAGGACAUGAAGGAGGACCCCCGGCGGGAGAUCCGGAAGGUGCUGGAGUUCCUGGGGCGCCCCCCGGGCGAGGGGCUGGUGGAGGCGAUCGCCCGGCACACGGCCUUCGCCCAGAUGAAGCAGAACUUCAUGGCCAACUACAAAACCCUCCCCACCAGCGUCAUGGACCACAGCAUCUCGCCCUUCAUGCGCAAGGGUGUGACGGGCGACUGGAAGAACCAGUUCACGGUGGCGCAGAACGAGCGAUUCGACGCCGACUACGAGAGGCAAAUGGAGGGAACCGACCUGAGCUUCCGGAUGGAGAUCUGAGCCCCCCCCCGCCCCACUGCAGAGAGAUAAAGCUGAGUUAUCUGCUCUGC